UCUUUACGACUUAAUUUCUUACAUUGAUUGCCACGACCUAGAACUCCUAAAAAAAAAAAAAAAAAACCUAAUACAUCUCGAAAGAGCGUCUAUGGCAAUCUCUUAAUGUCGACAUAGCGUAAAAAGCGGGAUAAUCGAUCGGCCUUGCAGGAGAAAGGAAAAAUUGCCUGGAUCGAGAAAAACGGUAACAUCGAUCCUCAUUUUGUAAUUAAUAAACGUAGAUAGAGGUUGUUGCCGGCUCUGUCACCAAGAAAAACGGCAGGAUGCAAACUUGAUGUUUUCGUGUCUUCCUGAUGCGAUUUACGGUGAAACGAUGGGUUUCUAACCAUCCACAAUAAUGAUAGACUUUUAAAGAGGUUUCCGGGAUUGUCCAGAGACGUGAGAUGAUUGGCAAACUUCUUCUAACGCUUUGGAUAUUACGAUGGACCAGUUUUAUCGCAGAUCCCGUUGCGGGACAAGUGUUCUCGUCCUUCGACGAAAGCUCGGACGAAAGGAACGACGCGGAAAUUUUUCGCGCAGUCGUCGAGUCAAUGAAACAAUGGACGCUUCAUAAAAAGCUUAAUCACAGAGGAAAAAGGGAAGUGUCCAAGGUUUGCUAUGAGGACAUCGGAUGCUUCGAGGAUACCGGACCCUUCAGUUAUCUAGAAAUGCUACCGUCGCCGCCGAAAGAUGUCGGAACCAGAUUCCUCGUGUACGGAAGUAGAAAGGCGAGAUCGAUCCCGAUGGAGGUGCCCGCCGACGACAUAAAUGCCGACAAUGCAAACCGUGCCAUAGAUCCCAAUCUCCCAACGAAAGUAAUCGUGCAUGGAUUUGGAAGCGACUGCAAUCACUUAUGGGUUUACGAUAUGCGAUCCGCGUUAAUGAGCAUUCACGAUUGCAAUAUAGUUUGUGUGGAUUGGGGACCCGGCAGUGCCGUACCCAAUUAUGUAAGGGCAGCGGCCAAUACCCGACUAGUUGGUCGACAAUUGGCGAAAUUAAUCCGCAGCUUAAACGUGCCACUGGAAAAGGUGCAUAUGAUAGGAUUCAGCCUGGGCGCCCACGUGGCCGGUUUUGCCGGUGCAGAACUCGGAAACGUAUCCAGAAUUACCGGAUUAGAUCCCGCCGGACCGCUUUUCGAGUCGCAGGAUCCGAGGGUUCGACUGGACGCGACAGAUGCAAAUUUUGUAGACGUUAUUCACAGCAAUGGCGAACAGCUCAUCCUGGGCGGACUCGGUUCCUGGCAGCCUAUGGGGGAUGUGGAUUAUUAUCCGAAUGGUGGGAAAAUGCAAAGCGGAUGCUCGAAUAUCUUCGUCGGUGCCGUUUCUGAUAUUAUCUGGUCGAGUGCAGUCGAGGGCAGGUCGUUGUGCAACCACCGACGGGCAUACAAAUUCUUUACCGAUUCCGUAAGCCCGAAGUGUCGAUUUCCGGCGUUUCCCUGCGAUCAUGGCUAUGAAGGUUUGCUGAAGGGUGAUUGUUUCCCCUGUGGCACGAACGGUAUGGAUCGACCCUGUGGCGACAUGGGUUAUUACAGCAGCGAGUCGCCUGCCAGGGGCCAACUUUAUCUGGUGACGAGAGAUGAGGAGCCUUUCUGUGCUCAUCAGUAUCAGAUUAAAGUGUACAACAGCCGUAGCGAGAGAUCCGCCAGGAGUUAUGGCAAGCUUCAGGUCACACUUGUGGGAAAAGAUUCAUAUAAUGACACGUUCGCGAUGACUCGCAAGGACGAAGAGCUUCUAGUAGGAGCCAUUCUUCAGAAAAUCGUCGUGCCACAUCCUGCAGUUAUCAAUCUCGAGGCGAUCGAAAUCAAAUACACGGCGUACAGUGGUUGGAUAUCAUCUGGCUUGGUGUCCUGGACGAUCGACAAAGUAGCCAUCGUCGAUAGCUUUGGCAAAACCUUGUCCGUUUGCAAGAAGGGUUUGAUUCUGGAAUCCGGCCACUCGGUUUACCUACCCCUUUAUCCUGGCGAAUGCAACAUACCUUUGGACUCUGACAACUCUACCGUGUCUUCUCCGAUACCGGCGCUGGAACGUGUACCAAUGGAGGACAAGCAAGGUGGCAUAGGUCCUUUCACAAAGGAGCAGAACUAUGAGACGAAGGAUUCCGGAUAUUCCAUGGAGAUUCUUUCGACGGACAGACCGUCGCAGAAGCGGGGUCUCGGUCCGUUCACGAAGGAGCAGAAUCGACGAGUCGAGAUGGAAACGGCGACGAUUCUCGAGGACGCGGAGAAGCAGCGCAACAUCGCGAAUCCGUGGAUCGUCAUAGACAUAUCGGGUGACGGUGACUCAAACUCGCUGGAGAACGCCGAAUCGGAACACGGACGAAGCUUCGCCGGCGCCGCGAACUUGAUCUAUCGUGCCUCGACGGCGCCGGAGCGCGUCGCCGAGACCACCGUAACCACCAUCACCACCACUACGGAGUACCUGCCGGAGAUUAGAGAACCGGUACUGCGCCCGAGUAAAAAGGAGGCUGGCCGUUCGCUGAGAUUGCCCGAGAUUACGGAGCCGAUCUUGCAUCCACGCGCCACCAGGCACAACACGCGAAACGAGGUGGAGCAGCAGCAGCAGCAGCAGCAACAGCAACGCGACAAGCAGCGCGACGAGAUACAGGAGACGUCGUCGACCUCCACCAGAGCGUUCACCGUGCAGUUUCUGCCCGAGCGACUGGCCAACAUCCUGGCGCAAGCGGAACGAUACGCCCGACAAACUUUGUUGCCUCUGAUCUCGCAGUACACGCCGAGCUUCGUGACCGGCAUACGACAACACGAAGAGCCCAAGUAUUUUCCUAUCUUGAGCGACAUAAUAAACUCGAGGAGCACCGAUAACACCGCCAAGGCCAGCAAGAUGACCAGUCGACAACAGAGUAACGAGCAAACUGACAUUAACCAGCGCAAGACCGACGAGACGUCCGACCUUGAAAACGGACGUCACUUUGAGGAGUCCACUUCGAGGGCGCGGAUGGAGAACGGCGAGACCGAGUAUGCUGUGCCGAGAGCCGAAGUGCCGCCGGUGAUAGUCGAGGCUGUGUACCCGGAGAAAAUGGCGAGUGCAAAUUCUACCGGUCUCGAGGUGAGAACAGUGACCGAGACCGAGACCCAACGUGAGGACAGCGAUUGGCAGCCGAUCGGUGAAUCGGUGACUCCCUUGAAAAACGUUUCGUCGCAAAGAGAUUCGAAUGCCUCGCGAUCGCUGGACUGGUCGGUCGGAAACAGCCGCGACUGGACUUCCUCGCGGACGACGAGUGCGGAAGCUGAAGUCAAAUCUGAUGAUUGGAUACCGCUCACGAUUAAGCCUGCCGUUAUCUCGACGUCGACCACGAAGACGUUAAGCGAAGAAACGGUAGCAAUAGCGAUCUCGACGAGUGAUACCGUUGACAAUUCGCGGGAAUUCGCCAAAGACAGUGUCCUCGAUGAGGCUAAAGAGGAGGCUACGACUACUGCUAACGCGUACGAGAGGAAGUUCAUACCUCUGAUCGAUUUGGAGAAGACGAUCGGUUCACCUUCGUCGACCGAUACUAACGACGUUCCGGUAUCCACGACGAUUGCUUCGCAUAUUCAAAAGAUUCCGCGAUAUAAAACGACGGCAAAAAGUGCCAGGACGAUAACAAAAUCCGCGAUGAUGUUUCCGUAUGCUUAUGAGCGAAAAAAUGAUCCUCGGACAAGAUACAUACCGUUGAUCCCGGAAGAGGACAUGGGCAAAAGUUAUCCGUUGUCGGAGAGGGAUCGCUAAUCAUAUAUGCUGAUGAAAAAAAAGAAAUAAGAUUCGAAACAUUCUUUUAAUUUUCGCGAGACGCGAGAGUGUACCCCUAAAAAGCGCAUUAUUUUAUUUAUAUUAUCAUGUCAUUAACAUAAUGGGGAAAAGAACUUAUUUCUUCAGUAAAAUUCGAAAUUCAUUUUUAUAUAAUCGCUCUCUUUGUUAUGUAUUAUAAAAAUGAAAGUAUGAAAAACUCAAGAUUAAUUACAACGGAGUUAUUUUAAUC